AUGCUAAUCAGUGAAAGAGCCUAUUGCUGGCCAAGAAGAAUUGCUCAAAGUAGAUCUGAAGGAAAUUUGGUUGACAUGGAAGUCUCAAAACUCUCAAAAAAUCAUAUUACAGCAUGCCAGGGGUUAGACUUGCCUCACAACUGGACAGAUGCUUCUACUCACCAUGGUUAUAGUGUUGCCAAAGCUGCAAAUCCAUUCUGGAAUGAACUAUCUGCUUCGAACCCAUUUCUGGAGGACAUCACUAAGCUAAGAAAUAAGCAAAAGAGAGAUAAUAUGUCCAUUUUGAAGGAAGAUUCUUUUCUUUUUUUAAAACAAAUUGAAACAGGGAAUUCUUUUGAUUCCUCUGAAGAUGAACUUGACAUGGAUCAGGUGCUUAGGCCAUCUUCCUCAAGGAAGUCGGAAAGGUCUAAGAGUGUUUCAGAACUCCUGGACAUCUUACAUGAUACGUCACAUGCUCAUCAGAGUAUACACCACUCUGACCAAAUCCUAAUACAAGACCUACAGUGGCUUCAAAAUGACCGAGAAGCAUACAAAAUGGCUUGGUUGAGUCAACGUCAGCUAGCACGCUCUUGUAUGGAUCUGAAUAUAAUUAAUCAAAGUCCUGGAUGGGCUCAAACACAAAUUGCAGAGACCAUUGCAGUUUGUAAAUUAAACCACCAAGGAGGGUCAGUUCAGUUACCUGACUCAGACAUCAUUGUUCAUAUACCCCAGGGAAACAUAGCCAUAGGAGAAUUCCAGGAGGUAUCUCUGAGAGCGUUUCUGGAUCCUCCACCAAAGCUGAACCAUAAUCUCUCCUGUACUGUAAGCCCUCUUUUGGAAAUAAGGUUAAGCAACCCUAAAACCAUAAAAGCUAUUUUGCUGGAGAUGAAAAUUGGAGCAGAAGUAAAAAUAGAUCCCCUGAGCCAAGUCAUGACAAAAAUGGUGUGUUUACACAGCCUGGACAGAGAAGGCCCUUUCCAAGCGCUGAACAACUGCUAUGUCUACAAAGACACCAUCCAAGCAAAGUUUCUUGAUCUGAGCCACGUAAUGUACAUAGUCAUAGCUGUACAAACUGAGUCCAUUCAACCACCAGCUGCUACUAUUUGGAAUUAUAUUCACAAAACCACUUCUAUUGGAAUUUAUGGGCCCAAAUAUAUCCAUCCAAGUUUUACUGUUGUUUUUGUAGUUUGUGGGCACAACUAUGUGCCAGGAAAGUUUGCAGUCUCUGACAUUAGGACAGGUGGAAAAAAUACAUCUCCAGUAGUAUUUUAUCUCUGGGGAAAGCAUUCAUGGUUACUUGACAAACCACAAGAUUUAAUUAUUUCGGCUUUUUCAUGUGAUCCUGAUUUUGAAGUAAAGAUAGAGAAAGAAAGACAAAUAAUUGCACAAAGGCAAUUGGAAGCAGGUGCAGUCAUCCAUCAACAAGUUUUCUUUUCUUCAGUUGACCACAGAGAGAUGCACUCGUUUGUUUUCCGGGUUCAUGUGGGGUCUCUGGAUGGAAAACCAGUCACACAAUUCUUUGUCACUUCACCUGAUCCAGCCCCAAACCUCAAAAGGCUCUUAGAUCUGCAGAGCUACUUCCAGGAGAGAGAAAGCAAGAGAGUGCCUUUGUUAUCGACAGGGUUUAUCAACUAUCCCACUUUCCAAGUUAAAAAAGUGAAAUUCACCAAUUAUGGGAUCACAGUGAAGACGGUACUGAGGCAAAGUAAAAUUGACUACUUACUUGAGUAUUUAAAGGGGGAUAUAAUUGCCCUUCUUGGAGAAGGCUCAGUAAGAGCCAUUGGACAGUCCAAAGUGAAAGAGUGGUAUGUAGGUGUCCUUCGAGGUAAGAUUGGACUUGUACAUUGUAAAAAUAUCAAGGUGAUUUGCAAAGAACAAGUAAUGUCUAUAUCUGAUAGUAUUUUGACAACCAAGAAUCUUUUGGAGCAAAUUGCCUUGCCAUUUAAAAAUCUGACUUAUAUAUACUCUGUUGUAUUGACUCUGGUGUCAGAAAACAUUUAUGAUUGGAAAGUUUUAGCUAAUGUCCUGGACUACUCACAUCUGGCACAAGAAGAUUUUGAUCAAAUUCAAGCAGACAACGAACCAGAAAGGGUUUCUUAUAUUGUCAAGAAAUUAAAGGAAGAUUGCCAUAAAGGCAGAAGUACCAGGAAGUUUCUUUAUGAACUGAUUGUGGCUCUGCUAAAGAUGGAUCACCAAGCAUUAGUGGAACGUCUUCUCCAAGAGGCUGUUAUUCUAACCUCAGCUGUUAAGCUUGGAAGAAGCUGGAGGGAAUUUGCUGAGAAAUCUGCAGGACUCACUAAGCAUCAGAUGCAGGCGUAUGAAAUUCCUUACCGAGGAAAAUCUGGAGAUGUUUCAGCCGAGAUGAUGUGGAAACCUGCCUAUGAUUUUCUCUAUGCAUGGAGCAGUCACUAUGGAAACAGCUGUAGAGAUAUGUUACAAGACCUUCAAUCAGUUUUGGACAAAAUGAAAAACCCUGUCACCAAACUGUGGAGAGACUUAACUGGAACUCUAAUACUAGUAAAUUCUUUAGAGGUUCUGAGAGUAACUGCUUUCACUACUUCUCAGGAAGCAUAG